AUGUCCUACUACAGUAACGCCGAGUUGCGUCAGCUGCAACGACUGCUUGCUGAGCAGGAAGCGAUGGCUAGGAAGAUAUUAUGGACCUCUGGGGGUUCCAUGGGACUCAUGGCUAUUUGUUUUCUGGUCUGUCUUCCGUUUUACUUCGCUGCUUUUAUAAGAAACCUUCAUGCGUAUGGAAAAACCCCAUUCCUCCCAUUGAUCACUUAUACCUACCGUACCAUUCGUUAUAACUACAUUGGAUUUUUUGUCAGUAUCAUUUUCACAGGGGUCAUUUUGGCGGCUUUAGAAGGAGCAGCCCGGAAUGUCUCCUUCCUCAUUGGUUUCACUUUUGCCAUUAUUUGGUUCACUGCAUCAUAUCAGCUUAUUAUCUCUAUUAUUUCCAUCCAUAGAUUCAUUAAUAGUCGACAGUCCGUAGAGCUCCGUGGCACCCUUUCACGCAAAAAUGUUAUGAUUUUGAUGAUGGUGAUCCUCUUUUACGUAAUUAUGAAGGAUAUCGCAAUGAUUUAUGGGAUAGGAUUUGCCGUUGUGGAGAAGAAAGUGGGAAUGGUAGAAAAUGUUACACUGUACUACUCGAUGGUUUCCAUCACCCACCAAAUGUUUCUAUUCAUCGCGAUGGCCUUCCAAUUUUCUAUCAAGGAACCUCCAACGUCUCACGCUGAAUAUGUCAUAGCAACCCACACAAAAUAUAUCGGAGCUAUCAAGCUUAUCGUCGGAACUGUCUGUUUUGCAUGCGUCCUUUUGAAAUAUGAGGAACUUGUGGCAACCUCCCUUUUCUUUGGAAUCGACUUCUUCCUGGUCCCCCUCGUCAUUGAGAUCACCGAGAUCAAAGCAAACCCCAAUAUCAUUGUCCCUGUUCCAAUUUGUAUUCCAACUAUUGAGAUUCAGAAAGUUCCAAUUAAAUAUUAA